AUUCCAGCUGCCCGCUGUGAUGUCAUCAGAGUCACAGGAAGCAACAGAGCAGGAAAGGGGGAUGGGGGAGUUGGUUUUUAAAAUCCUGAACAGAAAAUCCUGUCACAUCGCAGACAGAUGAAAGACGGACCUCCACCUCGCUCUCCAUCUUCAGAUGAACAGCCGUCCGUCCCUCAGGAACCAGAGGGAGCGCCCCAGGCAGUGGACUGCAAGAUCUGUGGAGACAGGGCGUCAGGGUUCCAUUAUGGUGUACAUGCAUGUGAAGGAUGCAAGGGUUUCUUCCGUCGCACCUUGCGGAUGAGGCUACAGUACGAGCGAUGUGACAGAAACUGUAAGAUCCAGAAGAAAAACAGAAAUAAGUGCCAGUAUUGUCGUUUUAACAAGUGUCUUAGUUUUGGCAUGUCCCAUAAUGCAAUCCGGUUUGGUCGAAUGCCGGAAGCAGAAAGAAGACGAUUAAUACAGGCCCCAGCGGCUGAUGCUGAGGCUCCAGAUUCACCCGUAUCUGACUCAUUGGUUCUUUCCCAGAGGAUCCAUUCUUCCUACCUGAGUACAUUUACCAUGACCAAGAAAAGGGCCAGAGAUAUUCUGACUGGCAGGAGCAGCAUUUCGCCUUUUGUAAUACAUGAUAUGGACACCCUGUGGCAAGCAGAGCAAGGAUCUGUAUGGGAACAGUUGCCCACUCAGGACCCCUUUGGAACAGAAAUUGGAGUCCAUGUCUUUUACCGCUGCCAGUGUACAUCAGUAGAGACAGUGCGUGCACUCACUGACUUUGCCAAAAGUGUUCCAGGAUUCAGCUCUCUCUACCUCAAUGACCAGGUCACAUUGUUGAAAUACGGUGUCCAUGAAGCCAUCUUCUGCAUGCUGGCCUCACUUAUGAACAAAGAUGGACUUCUUGUGGCUGGUGGCAAAGGAUUUGUCACUCGCGAGUUUCUGCGCAGUUUACGACGCCCCUUCUGUCACAUAAUGGAACCUAAGUUUCACUUUGCCACUAAGUUCAAUGCUCUAGAACUGGAUGACAGCGACCUGGCACUAUUUGUGGCUGCCAUAAUCCUUUGUGGAGAUCGCCCAGGUCUUAUGAACUCCUCGCAAGUAGAGGACAUCCAGGAGGGUAUACUGAGUGCACUUGGGCGUCACCUCCAGAUGUCUCAUCCUGAUGCUCCUUUCUUAUUUCCAAAACUCCUGCACAAGAUGGCCGACCUACGUCAGCUAGUGACUGAACAUGCAGAACUUGUGCAGAGCAUAAAACGCACAGAAACCAGCGCAGCUCUGCAUCCUCUACUACAAGAGAUCUAUAGAGACAUGUACUGAUCUGUGUAUAUAUGUGUGUGUAUAUGUAUGUAUAUAUAUAUAUAUAUAUAUAUAUAUAUAUACUGUGUGUGUAUAUAUAUAUAUAUAUAUAUAUAUAUAUGUGUGUGUAUGUAUGUAUGUGUAUGUGUGUGUAUAUAUAUAUAUAUAUAUAUAUAUACACACGCAUAUGUAUUGAAGGCAUCUCAAACUACCAAAAGGCACUUCUCCUCAAAGCAUCACACGCUUUAUUUUAUUCGUCUUGAUUUUUUUUUUUUCCUCAAAAGAUUUUUUAAUUGUUGUGACCAAACUUAAAACCUGUGAUUUUAAAUAAUUAUCACUAUUACACCUGCUUUACUUACCAGCAUAUGAAAGAAAGGGCCAGAUUACAAGUGGAGCUCUAAUUAACGCUCACGCUCGAGCGUUAACUGCGCUAGAAGUAUGCUUUUUGCGGGCGUCGGGUUGCAGGCGUAUUAUGAGUUAAAAGUAAACAGUUUUCGCACGCGUGCUAACCCAACGAGAGCAAAAAGGCGAACUUAGAAUAUUGCGUGCGCAUUCACAUAUUCCCCCAUAGAAAUCAAUUGAGCAAAAAAAGAAGAAAAACUCCCUAAUUGCGCACAAUCCCAAUUGCAUUUUCUUAUGAUUAUAGAUAUAUACAGAAUAGAUAUAUAUUGGAAUAUCUAUAAAUACAUAGAACAUAUUCUGCUAUGUACAUAACAUUGGAAUAUAAAAUAUUUACAGUAAAUACAUAGUAUAAGACUUUAUUAAAAAUGAAUAUUGCAUUAAUAUGUUUAUACAUGAUUUCAUCUACUUAAAGGGACAGUCUAGUCCAAAAUAAACUUUCAUGAUUCAGAUAGAGAAUUUAAUUUUAAACAAUUUUCCAAUUUACUUUUAUCACCAAUUUUGCUUUGUUCUCUUGGUAUUCUUAGUUGAAAGCUAAGCCUAGGAGGUUCAUAUGUUAAUUUCUAAGCCCUUGAAGGCCGCCUCUUCUCUCAGGGCAUUUUGACAGUUUUUUCACCACUAGAGGGUGCUAGUUCAUAUGUGUCAUAUAGAUAACACUGUGCUCACGCGUGGCCAGACUUUAAAGGGACAGUAAACACCAGAAUUUUGUUGUUUAAAAAGGUAGAUAAUCCCUUUAUUACCCAUUCCCCAGUUUUGCAUAACCAACACAGUUAUAAUAAUAUACUUUUUACCUCUGUGAUUACCUUGUAUAUAUGCCUCUGCAAACUGCCCCCUUAUUUAAGUUAUUUUGACAGACUUGCAUUUUUAGCCAAUCAGUGCUGACUCCUUGGAGCUUCACGUGCCUGAGCUCAAUGUUAUCUAUGUGAAACACAUGAACUAACGCCCUCUAGUGGUAAAAAACUGUCAAAAAGCUUUCAGAUUAGAGGCGGCCUUCAAGGUCUAAGAAAUUAGCAUAUGAACCUCCUAGGUUUAGAUUUCAACUAAGAAUACCAAGAGAACAAAGCAAAAUUGGUAAUAAAAGUAUAUUGGAAAGUUGUUUAAAAUGACAUGCCCUAUUUAAAUCAUGAAAGUUUUUUUAUGACUUUACUGCCCCUUUAAGCCGACAGACAUUUGACCGACACACAAGUGGCUGUCAAAUAACAGUCCGGCCAUGAAAUAGAUAGAUAGAUUUGAUAGAUUAGAUUAAUUGAUGCAAUUGAUAAAAUAAGAGAAUUACAAGACGUGCAGGCUGGGACCCAUGGUAAGGUUCCCAGAGGCAGUUGUGGCGCCCGAGGCUUUGAUUAGAACAGAGUACUCUGGAGCGUAUCUGCCCUCAGUCGAAAUCGGAACAUGCUUCGGCAUUCUGUCCGUCGGCCAAAUGUCCAUCUGACAGAAUUCUGUCUGCCAAAUGUCCGUCUGCAUUUUGCCAGAGCAACGUGCUCAUGCACGUGGAGUUCCACUGAGCCGGCUCUGACAGUUUGCAGAGGCUUAGAUACAAGGUAAUCACAGAGGUAAAAAGUGUAUUUAUAUAACUGUGUUGGUUAUGCAAAACCGGGGAAUGGGUAAUAAAGGAAUUAUCUAUCUUUUUAAACAAUAAAAAUGUCCUUUUAACUGCAAAGGGCUCCAAUGCACUUCUAUAUAUGUGAACCUAUGUAUUUAUGUGUUUAUAUGUGUAAAUAUGUCUGUAAAUAUACAUAUAAAUACAUAACUACAUAUGUACACAUAUAUAUAUAUAUAUAUUCUACAUACAUCAAGUAUAUCUUUACACAUGUAUAAGUAUGCAUCUCUAUGUUAAAGCCCUUUGUCUGCCUUCUUUUCUGUAACACCUGAGAUCUCAUAUCUUUGAUCCCUUAUAACUUUUGUGUUUAAUAUGUUUUGUAAAUCAUUUUAUUAGAUGGUUUUAUUAUGUGUGUACCUUUACUUUGUAAUGUAUUUUUGAUGUAUUUUGUGCAACUUUUUUUAUUUUACAAAACAGUUAACCAGAGCUCUGAGAAAGGGGUAAUCAUUCGAGUGUAAAUCGCGAUUGCGCUCAAGCGAUCGCGUUUACUUUCAACUUGCAAUACCAGCUGUAAGCCUGAAGAGCGCAAACACCCGUGAUAAACUCCUUAUCGCUUGCAUGCAAACGUUUGUGCUCCACUUGUAAUCUGACCCUUUCUUCCUUUCUUUUACGUUUUUUUUUUUUUCUCUCAAGCCUUUCAUAAUAGCUGUUUUAUCUUAUGUCAAAAUAUUUCCUAUCGACAAAACUUUGUAAAAAAAAAUUUUUGGACUUUAAAAGAUUUAUAUUAAUUUAAUAUUAAAAAUUUAAGAAGUUCUAACUGCUAUUAAAAAAAGCCAAACUUUACCUAUAAUUAACCUACUAGCUUCUGGAAAGCAUAAAAUGUAAGAAUAAAAGCAUUUUUUGUUCAUUAUGUACAUAUGUUACUAAAAUAAAGGUUUUUAACUUAUAUUUCAAGGCAAUAUAUUUUAUAGAAAAGAAAAGACAAAUUGUAGCUUGUUUACAGGCCUUUGUGUAGUAUUGUGCAAUAUUUUUUACCAUUUCUAGGCUAAAUUCCCUGUAGAUUUUCAAGCAAUCUUUUUCACUUACUCGACAGAAAAUAUGCAAAAAACUUACUCCUGAUGUAUAUAUUGAUCAAAUAACUUAUGAGGUUUUUAAGCAGAUUAAAUGUAAUAUGGUGAUAGCCAUCCAGUCUGACAUCUAAAUAAUGUAUAUUAAACUGAAUGUGAACUAAGAACAAUAUAUGUUUGAUUAUUUUAAAAACACACUGUCAUAUAUUAUUAAAUACAUUUAUUAAUAA